AUGGAUCGCCUCAGUGAAGCACUUCUUGACGAGCUAUGGCGCAUUUGCCAGACGAUGCCCGACGCAGUGCUGCGAGAGCAGCUCCAAGCCGUCCACGAUUUCCUCGGGGAGCGCCGCGGCGAACUGCUCGUCAUUCUGGCCGGUCCCCCAAACCUCAACGCCACCGUCGACGUCGUCGAGCGGCUCUUCCACUACGACGCGGAGGACGGCGGCCAGAUGGACCACGUCGCCGACGUCGACGAUCCUGAGGACUUUAACAAUAACGCC